CCUCCGUUCGGCAGCGGCCUGGACAUGUCCCGAACAGCGACUGACUUCUGUUCCCGCACGAUGCGAAGUUUCUCCGUGGAAGUACACGUUUUUCGCAAAGGGAACGGUGAUGCUUUAGCCUGACGCCGACGAUGGUAAUUUGCAAAAGCGGCGUUUUUGCUCACUCAUUUUGAUAUUGAAACUCAUACACUCGGUCACUGAAGCACUGCAUCGUCACACACCAUUUCUGGCAGCGAGAACCGAACGAACCACGGGGAAAACUGUAAGCAGGAUCUGAACCAUGUUGUGCGCAAUGGCGGCUACCGCACGAGAAUGACGGUGCCUCUGAGGAAUUUCCGAUGUCGCUGGCAUUGCCGAACAUUCCACGUGCGUCGGCGAUGAGGAGGCUACAGCACGACUGAGGCUGCGGGAUGAAGGAAAAGUCCAAGAACGCGGCCCGCUCCCGACGAGAGAAGGAGAACGCGGAGUUCGGUGAGCUGGGCCAGCUCCUGCCGCUGCCGGCGGCCAUCACCAGCCAGCUCGACAAGGCGUCCGUCAUCAGGCUCACCAGUUCGUACCUGAAGAUGAGGGACCUGUUCCCGGACGGCCUGGGCGACAGCUGGGGAUCCUGUCCUCCGGUCAUCUCCAGUCGUGAGGGGGCCAUAAAAGAACUGGGAUCACAUUUGCUUCAGCAGACCCUUGAUGGCUUCGUGUUCGUGGUGGCACCCGAUGGCAAGAUCAUGUACAUCUCAGAGACGGCAUCGGUGCACCUUGGACUGUCGCAGGUGGAACUGACGGGCAACAGCAUCUACGAGUACAUCCACCCGGCCGACCACGAUGAGAUGACGGCCGUGCUCACGCUACAAAGUGCACUGCCGCACCCGCACAGCGCCCAGGAGCUGGAGGUGGACCGUUCCUUCUUCGUGCGCAUGAAGUGCGUGCUGGCCAAACGCAACGCGGGUCUCACGGCGGGCGGCUACAAGGUGAUCCACUGCAGUGGCUACGUCAAGGUGCGCCACUACUCCAUGGACGCGGCGCCCUACGACGGAUGCUACCAGAACCUCGGCCUCGUCGCCGUCGGACACUCCCUGCCGCCGUCCGCCAUCACCGAGAUCAAGAUGUACGCCAAUAUGUUCAUGUUCCGCGCGUCGCUCGACCUCAAGCUGAUCUUCCUCGACGCAAGAGUGGCACCAUUGACGGGUUACGAGCCUCAAGACCUCAUCGAAAAGACACUCUACCACUACAUACACGGCUUCGACUGUCUGCACAUACGUUACUCGCACCACACACUGCUCCUCAAGGGCCAGGUCACCACCAAGUAUUACCGUUUCCUCUCCAAGGAGGGCGGCUGGGUAUGGAUGCAGAGCUACGCAACCAUUGUUCAUAAUAGCCGCUCAUCAAGGCCUCACUGCAUCGUCAGCGUCAACUAUGUCCUCAGUGAGCCUCAAGCGCAGGAUAUUCAACUACAGAUACAUCAGACCCGGACAAAACCAUCACCCUGCACCAGCUAUUCCAGCACUGAAGUCGUUCCAGCAUCAGUACCGCCAUCUACUAGCAAACCUGUGCCAAAUAAAGUAAAAUCCUCCAAGGGAAAAUGUCGGAGGUCGCCCUACUACUGCAACGUCGCUACUGCCGAGGCCUGCUCAAACGGCGGUAGCACUUCAGGUCACGGCAGUCAGGCCUGCUACGAACCGGCAGCAGCUGCACCCUAUGGCGGCGAGUUCUUGUCAGCCUACGUGCUUCCGUUUGCCGAAGACCGCUGGGUAGCUCCGUACGGCUUGCCCCAAGCUGACGCCACCUCUGGUUGCUGUUCUCAGCCGACAAGGUCCGCAUCAGCAACGACUUCCGGCUACGCAACGAUACCAGAAGAACGCUACAUGACUAGAACGGACAUGGACAGCUAUCCUGGCUAUGCAGAUUGCAGUGGAACCCUCGGAGUAGACACGAGUGAAGACAAUGGCUUGAAUGGAUCUUCGUCACGGCCGGGUUCUUUACUGCAAUGCGCCGACCUUUACGCAGUCAAGGAGGGCACCCUGUCGUCGUCGUCCUGUUCUCGUAGUAGUGGAUCGGCCCACGACCUGGUCGCCAGCCCCGCGAGCUCCUCCCUCUUUCAGCACAGGCCUUACAGCACCCACUCCGAUUCUACGCUGUCGGAAUCAGAUCUGGAAGGUAUCCAAGCGCUGCCUCAUGUUUCCCAGCCGCCGUCCUCUACGAGGAGGUCACCCUGCUCCAGCAGGAGUGCGUUCGAUGGUUCUCCCGUUGCGGCGAACACGAAGUCGGAAUCCGAAACGCCUGUGCCAGUGGUGCUCCCGCUAGAAGACACCGGUCACUCGGGCGGUGCCGUGGCUCUCCAACCCACGACAAGCUACCAGAGUGCAGUGGUCGAAGGUCAACCAUCGCCGAGUGGUGACCUGCUCAAGACUUCCGUCGACGCCUACGAGGCACUCGAGCCUCCGGUGGACGUAUUCGCUCUGUACGGUCAGAGACUCGUGGGUGCAGACUACGACAGCGCUGCACGCUUUUUGCUGCCUUCGUGCGAACGUGGACAGGUUGCGCACAUGGCCUACCGUCAUGAUACACCCGCGCCACCUGCAACGUCAUUUGCCGGUGCUUCAAACAGACAAGCGCCGGGAUAUGCCAGUGUCAUUGUGGACGCGCAGCAGUACCACGUGUCGAAUGGAUUUGUGCACUAACACCUAGGCAGCGUGUACGGGUUCGUGAAUGGAAUGUGUGCAGAGUACUUGAAGCUACGAGGGAAAUUAUUUGUACACUUGUACAGGAUACGUAUUUUCAGUUUGUUGGCAUAGGCGAAGGCAGACAUUUCAGCGUAUAUGUCAAGACUAGCGCUUGGUCCGUGAUCAGGUUCACUUGAGUGCAUGAGGAAGCCAGCUAUGACUAUAAAGUGUACCUGUUUUUGUCAAGGCUUCCUAGUGCAGUAUACGCUUUGUCAUUCAAAGCACUAGCGAGUAAGCCUAGCUUUGACAAAAUAUAUCUGUAAAUUACUUGCUGCUUCAUAAUGAAGAAAGAUCUGCAAAGCUUACUUCACUCGUACAAAAUGAUAAAGUGAUUUAGCACAUGCGAAGUCAGUGGUUGCAUGAAGCGGACAGGGUAAUUCACCACAAGACUGAAAUUCGAUGAGCGAUGCGCAUGGUUUACGAGAACUGCUGCCACACUGAAGUCCAUGUGUACCUGUUCGACUCCAGGUUUCGGUUAAGCAGCAGUGCACACCAAACACAAUAAUAACUGAUGGGUAUUAGGUUCAUGUGUAGCGUUUGUGCCACAACAUCAAACUUUCAAGCAGAUAAAGCACUCCUUGAUUUUUGAUAUAUGUCGAGUAAAGAGUAGAAGGUUGACAGCGAGAGAGAGAAAGCUUUCUAUUAAAAGCAAAUUUCUGCGCCAGCGUUUGUCUGACCACGUAGAUGUUACUCGGCUUGUACACAAGAGUAGUGAGGGAAACGCCAUUGAAAAAAAAAUGAAGUCAAUAAAGUAAACAGCAAACUAUUAAGGGACAUAAUGCCCACAUGUGGCAUGACGUGCAAAUCAGUGAGUGAUAGAUAAAUAUAAAACAUUUCCCAUUUCUUGCCAGCAAGUCAACUCCUUCCGAAAAUAAGCAAAUAGUAUAUGAAGCCCGACGCUGCCUAAGAAAAGAAAGUAUGGUACCUAACAUGCUCUGCGGAAAAAAUUGCUGACAAAUAGUACAUUUGUGAGUGUGAUAAAAUGCAGACUUCUUUCGAGUAGAUGGUGAACGUAGUAUACGUCACAGCGAGUUUAGUGCCCAAAAAUGAGUAAAAUAACUUUAGCACCUCACACUAAUUGUAAUCGGUUGCCCAUAAACUCGAUUUUCCCAAGAGCACCAUGCUCGUCAUAACAGACAUUGCCGUCAAUACAGCAUAUCACGGUCACCUUACGCUUCAUGUGAACAUGGAGGAAUUAUUGUUCUGCUGGUAUAACCCCAUCAAAGGCAUUUACCACGCCACGCAAGCCACGAAACGAAAUGACUGUCGUUGAAAUUUGUCCCAGCCCUUUCUCAUGCAGGUCUGUUUCCUACUGUUUUCUUCCCCAGGAGAAAAGAUCGGGAAAAAAAGAGACUUGCUUCAUUUCCGGUGAAUGUGCGCGCGCACGCAUUUUGAGUAUGAAUACUUGAGUACCUGUACGUAAAGAGUCAAUUCCAGCACCUGCUGUUCUAAUUUAAUGUGGAAUACUCGGUUCACUUCAAGUGAAGUUGAAAAAGUCUUGAAAUAAAGAAAACAGCUAUGCCUGUGUCUAAGACAC